AUGGAAAUGCGUUUAUGCUAUCGGAAGAUGAAAAUUAGUUGGUGGAUAAAUGGACGAACAGACCUAAACGAUUGGAAGGCAAUAUGGGAUUUGCAAAUAUUUCUUUCAGAUCGCAUGAUUUAUCAAACUUUAUCAGCACAUAUGAAUGUUAUCAACGUUGAAGCAAUCGAAACGGCAUCAGCGUGGCGUAAACGUCGUUUUGGUGCAACAAUUGUGCCGAACACACGAACACCAAUUGCACCAGCUACCAUUCCAUCGACUUCUAGUCAGCAGCAGUUGUUGUCGCGAUCAAUUGAUAAGAUAUAUGAAGACGCUGAACUGUGCGGUGUUUUGAAUUUGGCUGGCCGAAAAUUGAAGGAGUUUCCCGUUGGCCUUCUAGUUAAAUACGAUAUAUCCGAUGUCGUCUUUGCUGAUCUCAGCGAUAAUCGCUUUAGCGAGUUGCCAUCAUGCAUUUGUGAAUUAUCGUCGUUGGAAACUUUAAGAGUUCGUCAUGCAUCUCUUCGUUCAUUGCCUACAACUGUACAAUUUCUUGAAUCUUUAGCAUAUCUCGAUUUAUGUGGUAAUCAAUUGACAUCGUUACCCAUUGAAUUGUUUUCAAUUCCUUUGCAAGUUUUACUGUUGUCUGGAAAUCGUCUUGAAUCUAUACCGCGCGAAAUACGACAACUUUCUGCGUCACUUAAUGAAUUAGAUGUUAGCUGUAAUCGUUUAAAGCGUAUUCCCGCGGAUUUCGCGCUACUAAAAUAUUUGCGAGUUUUAAACUUACGGGAUAAUCAAUUGACUCAAUUGCCUUCAGAAUUAUCGCAAUUGCAAUUACGUGUUCUCGACGUGUCUGAAAAUGAGUUAACAGAAUUGCCAUUCGAUUUUCGCUUUAUGUUUUCUCUAAUUAAUUUGAAUCUCGAUUCAAAUCCUCUUAAAUCGCCAUUAGCGAAAGUUUGCCAAAAGGGCAUUGAACAUGUAUUUAAAUGGUUACAUGUUCAUGCGAAUCUUCAUGCAUCUAAUAUAAAGCAAAUGUCCGAUAUUCCUUUUAAUGGUUCGGAAACAAUAAAUGCAACUUUGCGACGAGGCAAAUAUGAAAAUAUCUCGGAAGCAUCUCUACGGCGUUGCGAUAGAAGGUCGCGUUCGUCGAGGUUCAAUACUCUUUGUGGUAGCGACUCCGGUUAUGCUUCAACUGUUGAUGAGCAUCGACAUUCAUAUGAGUCAUCGACAACAGCUGGUUCUCUAUUUGGAAAUAAUGAAUCGCAUAUAACACGGAUCAAUUACGAUUCGAAUAUUCGCAGUAAUCCAACAGCACUUCAGCAUAAACGUUCAGCACCUCUGUCGAUGGGCACAAUAAUUGCGUCAAGUUGCAAGAGUGGUCCUAUAAAAGAGGCUGAUUUGGAAGCAAAGGCUAGUCGUAAAUUGUUUGAUCGCAACAUUAUUGAACGUUCGUUAUUGGCUUCAAAAAGCACUUUCAUUUCAAAUUCUACAUCGUCUUCGAUUGCUCGUCCUCAGGCGAUUGUUUCUCCGAUUACUUCAACGACAGUUUGUGCAAAUGAACCGCAAUUGGAAACAAAUAUUGCUUUAAAAGCUACCAUCGUAGAAUCAGUAGAUUUCCGUGAUAAUUUAUCGAAAAGUGAAUUGAACGCUAUUGAAUGUAUUAUGGAUGUAAGCAACAAUAAUAUCUCUGAAUUCGAUAUGGAUACUACUAUUGAAUGUGGUGAUAAAUGUUGUGGAACUAAUCAUAAAUUAUCAACAAGUCGGCAUGAUCAAUUUUCGAGUGAACUAGAACCAAUGAAAAAUAAUAAUUUAAGAGGACAUGAUCGACGCGGUAUGCAGGUUUCAGUUGGUGAAUUUACAACAAAAAUUCUUCCACCUGUGAUUGAGAAUAAUACACCAGAAACUUCUUUAACUUGUGAUACAAGUAGUAAUAUCAGUUCGACUUCGAGUACCAUCGCAGGUUCACGAGAUGUUUGUAGUGCAACAACCGUUACUCGAUCGGCCCCAGUGAAAGUUUCUCUCUCAUCAACUGUGAAGGAGCCUAACGUAACUCCCAUUGUCGUUAGACCUUCGCAGUCUUCCUUCACGCGAGCUGCUUCUGGUAUUAGGAAACCGUCAGCUACUAAUCGCACUCUAUCUCAGACUGGAAAUACUGGUUCUUCUAGUCUUUCUAUUGAUGGAACUAAGCUAUUGAAAGCCCGUGACAGUAUUGGUAUUGCGCGAAAUAGUCUGAAUAAUAAGACAAAAAAGCCUUGUGAACCAAUUAAUCGACAUCAGUUCACUCGGAUAGCCAGUGUCAAUAACAAUACAAGUUCCAGCAAUGCAGGCCAAGUUCCAGCAGCUGGUGUUGUUGAAGCUAUGCGUAAGGCAAUCGAGCAACGCUUGAAUACAGAAUUACCGAAGGAUCGUGAACAAUUGGCGAUUUCCUUGGCCGAUGGCAUUCAUUUAUGCAAUUUUGCCAAUCAAAUACGCCCCAAAACCAUCUCUAGUGUGCUUCUUCGACCAUCGCAAGAGGCGUCACUUUCUUCACCAAAAUGUCGUCGUAAUAUCGAAAAUUUCUUAAAUGCUUGUCGGCGUUUAGGAAUACCAGAGGCAUCACUAUGCAAUUCUUUGGAUAUAUUAGAGCGACGAAAUCUUCAACAACUGGCGAGAACGGUACUCGCAUUAAACAAAUUGCACGCAGCGUAUAAUAUGACAAUUUCUCGACAUUCUGAUAAUCGCCAGAUUACGAAUGUGUGA